UGCUUGUUGGCAUAUCUGUACUGCAGAUUCCAUUGGAACAGUCCUUAGACCAUUAAGGCUGUGCCGUUGGAAGGCUUACCCAUGAGAACAUUUUAUUACCUGACUGUGCAGGAAGACAGAUUGAAGUGUUACCUCUUACGGAGUGAUAAAUGAACUUACCUGCUGUUUGAAUGAUAUUACUGUAAUAUAUAACUCAUCAGGUAUAAAGGUGUGCAGAUUGAGCAGAUUAUUCCCAGCAUGGGCAAUGGAGCUUCAACAGAUAACAGUCGCCCAACAAGAAUCCAGGUACAGUCUGGAGCAAAUGCAUCUCCAUCGAGGAGAGCACAGCCGUUCGUGGAAGUCCAGAUUACAGAGAAUGCAGAAAAUCGCCUAACCCCAAGCACAGCACCUUCAAACAGCCAGAGUCCAAGGAAAGGAGUGGAGGACCCUGCACGUGCGCAAGAGUUACGUAAUCAGUUCGUUGCGGGACAGAGUGGAAGGGGAGAAAAUGGCAGUCGAAGAGAGGACUCUGUUCAUGAAGAUGACAUAGUGUUUGAGACGUUCACCCAUAAAGAUGGGCGAGAAUACACUUGCUUUUGUCAGAAUGGCAAAAGAUUCUACCUGGACUCGUGGUAUUCAAAGCAAUUCCAGCCAUUUCCUGAUCGCUGGUAUGACCAGGGUACUUUGGUCACAGACAAGAUUGUUAGUGAAGAGGAAGUCAUGCUCCAAGCGAAUCAGUCCCGUGAAUUCCAACCUGGAGGAUCAACCAGUGGUCAGUCUCAGGAGAGAGCUUCCCAGAGGCAUUCCGACAGCAACCCUCAGGCAGAUGAUCGGGAAGGGUUUAUCAUCCACCCAAGGCGAGGCAAGCUACAGACUUACAUUUUUGAGGAGAAGCAUAAUGUCCAUUAUUUCUAUGAUGAAUUGAUGGGAUCAUGGAUCAAGCUGCCUCUAAGCUGGGAACUUCUUCAUGACAGAGUAGAGUGCAUGGUCUCCAUGGUGGAGGAUGCUUUGCCUAAUUGGAAGGAUCGCUUUGACAUCCUAGCUGCUAUAAGAGCAUCAAAUUAUGAUGCUGAUGAUUGUAUUUCCAACUACCUUCACGUUGAAGAAGAUGUUAAAAAGGAGAAAUCUUCUGUUGCAACAACACGGAACUCAUCUGAUGCAAAGGUACUGAAGGAGAAGGAAGAUCACAUCAACUUUUUAGAGCAAAGAUUCAAAUUACUGCAAACUGAACUUAAGGAUGAGAAAAAGGCUCGUGAUGAAGCAGAAGAAAGGGGAAAAGAGCUACAAGAACGACUUUCCUUCCUGGAAGUGGAAGCUGAGAAUGCAAGGACCCAGCUAGAGGCAAUGCAGCAGUCCAGGCCCAAGACAGCCCGUCCUAAGACACCUGCUAGACCCAAGACACCUGCUGCACCAGAGCCAGUUGAGCCAAACGUAAGCCCAGAAGAUUUGGAAGUUGUAAACCAAUCAGCAAAGCUCUUGCACAAAGCUUUUAUCAACUUGAAGAUGGACAUGGAAAGGUGGAUGAAAGACACUAAAGAGUCAGUGACCGAGGCAAACAGGGCAGCCAUCAACCUGGGUAAAAUGGGGUCAGCUACAUCCGCGGAGUUGGAAGACGUAAGAGCUUUGUAUCGUAGGGAGGCAUUGCAAAGGAAGUUGCUGUAUAAUCAGUUGCAAGAACUGCGUGGUAAUAUACGCGUGUUCUGCCGCUGUCGACGUGAUGAUCGAGCUAAGUGUUGCUUGACUUUCCCAACCACAGAAGAUAUCGUUGCACAAAACCCAGCCGGUGGGAAAAAGUACUUCUCUUUUGACAAGGUUUUCUCCCCAGAUACAACACAAGAACAAGUGUUUGAGGAUACACUACCUGUGGUUACUUCUUGUGUAGACGGUUACAAUGUUUGCAUCAUGGCAUAUGGUCAGACAGGCUCAGGGAAAACGUUCACAAUGAUGGGGCCAGAAAAGAAUCCAGGUGUUAACAUCAGAGCUGUGAAAGAAUUACUACAGAUCUGUCAGAGCAGAUCUGAGACUAGGACAUACACAUUAACAGUUUCCAUGAUUGAAAUUUACAAUGAAUCCAUCCAAGACUUGCUGUCCAAAGAUGUGAAGACAUUGGACCUGAAGGCUCAAGGUAACAAAAUUGAGUUGCCAGGCAUAACACUGAUGGACGUGAAGAGUAUAGAUGAUAUAAAGGAUGUUAUGACUCUUGGGGAUAAAAACAGAUCUGUGGCUUCAACCAAGAUGAACUCUACCAGUUCACGUUACCACUUGUUGCUUAUGUUAAAUGUUGAGGGACUGGACAGGGUGACUGGGUCAAUGUCACAUGGGAAGCUGACCUUGGUUGACCUUGCUGGGUCUGAGAGAAUUUCUAAGACGGAGGCUGAAGGUCAGAGGCUGGUGGAAGCUGCAGCCAUCAAUAAGUCUUUGUCAGCUCUUGGUCAGGUAUUUUCCUCGUUGAGAUCUAAACAGCUUCAUGUGCCGUACAGAAAUUCUAAACUGACUCAUCUUCUCCAGCCUUCCCUCAGUGGAGAUGCAAAGGCCUGCCUUUUUGUCAACAUCAGCCCUGAUCCACAAAAUUUUUCUGAGACUAUGAGCACUUUACAGUUUGGAAGCAAUGCCCGUCAAGUCCAACUAGGACAGGCGAAGCAGAACGUCAGCAAGAAAUCUUGAUAAAUUGUCCCUCAUACAGUAUGAAGGUGACAGGGUUGUAAUAUGGAUAACCUAACUGUUUAGGCAACUGUAGUUUUGUAUCUUGGUUGUUACUUUAAAUUCUGUGAUAUGUAAUGUACAGAUUUAUAUUUAUGUUUGCCGUGCGCAUUGUCACAGGAAAUUUUUUUGUUGAUUUGAUAUUGAUUUCUUUAUUUUAGUGAUAUUUUAGCUACGUCAAUAUUUUUGCAAGAAGUAAAUGUAGAAUAGAUGUUUGUCUUUCCCAUAAAAAUUUCUGUGAUAUGUACAGGUACAGAUUUAUAUUUAUGUUUGCCGUGCGCAUUGUCACAGGAAAUUUUUUUGUUGAUUUGGUAUUGAUUUCUUUAUUUUAGUGAUAUUUUAGCUACGUAAAUAUUUUUGCAAGAAGUAAAUGUAGAAUAGAUGUUUGUCUUUCCCAUAAAAAUUUACAAGUUUAUCUCUGAUUUCCUUACAAGUAUUGCAUUAUAUCUAAUCUGUAAUGGAUAUGUGUCUUAUUAUACCAAAUUUUUUAUAGUUGCGAUUGUGUAUUAUCAAGUUUAUAGAGGUUUCUAGGUACCUGCUUAUGCUUUUCUUUAGUAAUAUUAAUAUUAUUUAACGCAUUUUACAUUUUUCUGAAUGAUCUGAAUUCAUCCUGUGUGAAACACUGCUGUCCUUGAAAACUUGAUAUCUUCAAGAAUUCAAGUAUAGUAAAUUUACACAUAUACAUAUAUACCGCCAAUAGAUUUUAUUUUUAUUGAAUUUACAAUACAAUUUGUAAUGAUUUUAUGGUUGUAUGUCCAUUGGUGUUAGGAGCUACUCAUGUGAGAAAAAUGAGAUGACAAGGGUUAAGUUUUGUAGAAAAUCAAAGAGACACGAAAUAAUCCGGUGAAACCAUAUCUUCCCCACUGGAGCGAUGACAAAGGAAUGUGAUUAAAUUAGGUGAAAGAAUUUACUGUCAUUUGAGAUCCAGUCCCAGGAAGGUCGAUAAAGUCAGAAGUGUUUAAUAACACAACACAUUAUUUGGGGACAGAACUGCAUAUGCGGUAUAUAGAAUCCAGGACACAUCUGAAAUAGAAAAUGUGAGCCUCCCAUGCAAAUCACUUAAGUUUACAAAAAAAAAAACAAGUAAUUUCUGUUGGAUCAAAGCCCAAGUAAUCAUUAAAAGAUGUUUUUUUCUGUUUCCAGUGUUAAAAGUUCUGAAGACUGGAAUUCCAUGCCAUUGUCUGAGCUUAAUUAUCACAUCUGAAAGCAGUUCUGAUUCAGUUCCAUUCUAUGCCCCUUUUUGUUGUGACAGAACAAUUGCUGUUGAUGCAGACUAUUUCAUUGGGCACAAAUUCCAAAGUGAUUGCCAUUGAUGUCUUACUGAUAAGCAGAAAAUGUUGUCACAAAUUUUGUGAAAAUGAUUAUUUGCUGAAAUCGAUAAUUUUUAAAAUUUUUCCACAUCAGCUUUUAAUUUACAUCUCCCAUAGAGAUAGGUAUGGUGAAACAAAAAAGGCUCAAUUAGGAAUCAACAUUCCCUGUCCAAUUCAGAGACUUGUUGCCACAGAUGCAUGUAAACCAGUUAUAGCCAUGUACAUUUGCCCACUCUUUCAAUGAUAUACUGUAUUUGUUUUACAAAUGUUCUCAGCAUCUCAGCAUUGUUAUUAAGUUUUAAGUGUUACCUCUUUUGUUGACAGAUAUGUCCCCAUUCUGCAUUGUGUUGACUACACAUAUUUAGGUGUCUCGUACUAGAUAUUGAUAAUCUCAACCAUAUUGUGUUUUACAGGAGAAUACUGUAUGUCAGUGUGUAUGAAGUGCCAGAAGAGCACAUACUGUGUCCUAGUCAUGCUAUUUGCAUGUACAUUUAAUUAAUUAAAAGCACUAUUCACUUUAAGGUGUACAUGUAGAGUUAUAGAGUAUAUACUUACACUCUGUUAAAAGUCUUUCUGAAUGAAUGUGUUCUUUUUUGUUUGUGGUUUUUUUUUUGCCACUUGGUUAAGUUUUAAUACCUUCAUGAAGUUUACCAGUUUUCAUGACUACAUAUUUAAUUUUUAUAUCUGUAUGUUAUAUAUGUAACACAUGGACUCACUGUAACCUGUUAGACACUGCAAGCAGCCAAGUUUAAAUUUCCUUGACGUGACAUACAACUGCGUAUGUAGCAUGAAAAGAUAACAUGAAAAUGUACCGGUAUAUGGAAAUGGCCCAUUAAUGUCCAACUAUGCCUGAUAAAAACUCAAGGUUAUAUUGUGUAAAGCCGAGAUUCCACACACACAAAGUAGUAUUAUGAGUUAUGCAGAAAAAACAUUGAAUUUGAAAACAGUUGCAAUCAUGCCAUACGUUUAAAUCUUAACAGAACUAUCUGGCUGCACAACAACAGUGCCAAAUGUAAUGUUGGUUUUGUCAUGGAGGCAUGCAUGGUUUUAUGGCACAUGGACGCAUUUUUAAUUAGAAUAUAAGCUUAUUACAAGCAUGUACUUGUAGUAAAAUUUCACUGCAUUGUAUGUGGCACAGUUUGGACACUCUUCUGAUCAGUAAUGUCCUGAGAGAUGUGUCUGGAAAGGUGCCCAUCUGUCUGCAGUAUAAAAUUACCUGUGUAUAAAGGAAUGUGACUGGGUAGAAUGUUCAUUACAUGUACAACCAGGCUACCCUUAGAUCCAGAGGUAGUAGUACAAGCUGCAGUCCCAGAGUUUGUCGGUUAAACCACAAUGGGUGUACUUUAUCACGGAAUGAUUUAAGGUGCAGUAACUUCAAGGCAGUGUACUUUCAUCAGAUCACUCUAAAUCUUUUUGUGGAGAAUGGGUACCAUUAUUUAUGAUGAAGAUCAAAAAGUUAUAUUUUGGUUAAUUGAUGUUUACUGAAUUUGUGAUAUGGGAAAAUCCCUGUCCAUUCUUACAUAUUGCUGUUCAUGUUUGCUAAUCUCUUUAAUGGUAUAAUCUUAAAGAUACUGAUGAAUAAUUACAGACAUUGUUAAACAUGUAUGUAAUUGACUAACCUGCUGCUGCUAAUAACCUGCUGAAGUUUUACUGAAAAUACCAACAAAAUGGUUGUGAUUUAUUUUUUUGUAAAUCACAUGUGAUAUAGCAUGUAAAUUGUUUAUGCUCAACCAUUACACAUGUAUAUAUGCAUUAUAUGUGAUGCUUUUGGUUGAAAUGACAAUGUUUCCAUAACAGUGGAUAGUAUGGAGCCAUAAAAGUGACAUGGUGAAAAUAAAAAUUUUUGAGAGGGAAAAAAAAAUUUUGGGGAGAUAAAAAAAAAGAAUGGUGAAAAAAUAUUUUUUUUAUUUUUGUGGAAGAAAAAGCCUUUUUCACAUGUCUUCUUGACAGGCAUUACUAGGUCUACGCAAAAACAGUGACGUACUGAAAGAAUAAAAGACUACACCGCUUUAGACCGACUUGUUUUAGGCGGGCAAUUCCCAAUAUCAACAAGGCAGCUUAUUAAUAAAUAUAUUUCAGAGAGACAUAUAUAUGGACUAAAUAAAACAUAAAAUACCGCGUGCAGGCCCCACACUUAUAUAGCCUAGUUCAGUUCUUUCAAUCUCAACUGCAAACAGCUAUAUCUGAGACACUAUUCGUAUAUAUGUACUUGAUCUAGCCUAGCCAGACUGGAACAAAGGCCUCAACUUUGUCACAUACAUGUCUGAGGACAGCUGUGAUAAGUUUUAAUAUUGUCGUAUUGUUUAGUUGAAUGUUUACUUUAUUAAUAAUAACUCCAGAUUGUUGGAUAUUAUAGUAUAAAUUGGAAUUCCUCGUCGUCUUAAAAAUAACAUUUGGGACUGAGAAAGUAUAAUUUGCAAGCGACAAAAGUUAAAGCACAAAAGCUCAAUGGCACUGACGAUCAGGCAGUAGCCCCCUACAUAUAGAUGAGAUCAAUUGGUCAGUUAUGUGGGGGCCCCGACUUGUAAAAUCAGAACCCAGCUUUUAAAAGUCAAACAAAGAGAUUAAUGCAAAGAUUCGAACAGUGUAUGCAGGACAUCUUUACGGUGUAUACAGUUUGUAAAGCCACUUCUACCCUGCUGAAAAGCUUAAUGACCCGGAAGGAAGAUGAGGUGAACGGGAAAAAGCCGGUACAAGGAAACUUAGGAGAAGGAGGAUGGAUGGAUCAUCUGAACAGAAAAGGCUUAGAUUAUUGCAUAUUACAUGUUAAAGCUUUGUUUUCUUAAUAUUUUUUUUUAAAUCAGUGUUGAACUGAAAUUGUUUUUUUUAUAAUUCAUGACAUUUAAAUUAACUUGGCUACAACAGGCACUUGGAUCAGAGUUAUCUGACCCUUUUCCUUUGAAGUGAAGAUAUACCACUAGUUCAAUUUAUCAUGAGUUGAAAGUGCAGACAACUCUUACAUGAGUGCCUGUGAUUAAUUUUGUAUUUGCUGAACAAUCCGUCCAACAAAACUGUAUCAUGGAGCCAUGAAAAAUAAAUUCUGAUGA